AUGCUUGCGGAGAUGUUCCUAUCCCUGCGUCAUGACCCACUGUCCGGUAGUGAUGAGAAGCCGUUCUUUGCUGAUAAGACCAGUCGCCGGACGCACGAUUGGACUCAUUUUAAUGUCCCCUUUCUUGUCGUCCAAUCACCUCUUUGUCUUUAUACCUCUAUCCCGCUUGCGUUUGUCUUUCGCCUUGAGCAUGUCUGCAAAGGAGCCAUGCUAAUUGAAGUUCUGAUCUCUCUUUCUACCGCAAACAGAUACCUCCCAGUUGUCCCCAGCCCUGGCAUGCACACAUACACCUACACAGACCGCAAACCGGACAAGUUGUUACGUUCAUGUCAUCUGUUGGGCGUGUGUCCAAGUCCAUUCAAUAGCUCAUUCUCCCUAACCACACUUUAUAAUCCUACAAUCCCUCGUCUUCCCCUUCACAGAGCCUACUCGCUCAUCCCCUUUUGCUCAGGGUUUUUUGUCCAACCAUCCGUUUCCCUCGUUUCUGUUCGCGCUGAGUUCGCCUCUCUUCAGAGUUGUCUUGACAAUGCCAGACCGACAAUCGUCUGCCUAUUACCUUCUUUGAAAGGCUCGUUGAACAGAUGA